AUCAAUCUUGUAUAUAUAACCUAACGCCUAAUCCUGCUCAUUGCUCAGUCUAACCCGAUCUAACUUGUAAAAGUUUUUAAACUUUACGAACACUCGAAUUAUGUAAGAACUCGUGAUCAAACACCUUAAUAAACGUGUCGUGUUGCAAGCUCAGCCCGUCCACACAAAAUGGGCACGGCAAGGCAGCACGACCCAGUGAUCCACUAUCUUAGAGCCUAAAAAAAAUUUACGAACCCCCCAAAAGAAAAAAUUCUGCAUAAUGAGAGCUGAGAUUCUGUAACUUGAGAAAACAAACACCAUGAACUUGUUACACAAAACCCUCACUAAAACCUCCAAAUCAACCAUCUUCUUCCCUUCAAUCCCCCCAAUUCGUCAACACCCAUUUUCUCUCUCCUCCUCAUACUCAACCAAACUCCCAAUUGAUGAUAGCAGGGAGAAGAAGAACUUGGCAAGACCAAGUGAAAUUCCAUUUCAACCAAAGGUUGUAAAUAGAGUCAAUUUUGUUGGUACUGUAACUAUGCCUGUAAAAGUUUGCACUUCUGCUGAUGGAAAAUCAUGGGCUAGUACUGUUAUUUCUCAUCUACGGCAACCCUUGUUUACUUCUAAUUCUCUCUGGAUUCCUAUAAUAUUUGAAGGUGACUUGGCCAUCACUGCUGCUACCCAUCUGAGGGAAAAUGAUAAUGUACACAUUGCCGGACACUUGAGUUCAGCACGUUUGCCAAUCGAUUUGACUGAUUACCCAUCCAAAGUCCAGCUCUUCACCUUGUCUCUUGUUCUUUUGUUUGUGCCUCCUUUCAUACACCUUGAGCGGCUGUUGGUGUUCUUUGUCCUGCUCCAUUGCAAAAGGCUGUGAUGCUGUUUUCUAUUGACACCACAAUACUAAGUGUGGAACAAUAUAAUCAAUGUGGCAAUGCCGCAACAAGAAUCAUUGAGAGUGACCGGAGCAUUAUUAAACUCUCCAAAUGUACAAACUUAGUGUUUCAGGUUAAGCUUUCCCAUGUGCAUAGAAAUAUCCACCAUGGUAUAAAUACAUGCUAUGUCUUUUUCCAACAAUGUGCUUCUCAACUAUGCAUACUGGUCAGUUGACCAUCCCGAGCUAUCAGCCUUUCACCUAGCCAACAGUCUGGGAGCUAAUCUAUGUAAUAAUAAUGUAUACGAAGUAUAAUGUAAGUAUACUAGUUCCUUCCUAGUUCAGAAAAACUGGCUCUGUAACUAAUCCUUCUGCCAAAUAUUUGUCUCUCAUAUACUUCCUCUGAUUCAAAUUAUAUUCGUUUUAACUAUUUUCCUUUGAUCCAAAAUGUAAGUCAUAUUACAUUACUAAUGCAAUAUUAAAUACCACUUUAUAAUAUCAAUAUUGUAUUAUACUUUAUAGGUUACAUAAUAAUGUUCAUACAGAUUUUAAAUGUCGCUUUACAAUGCCAAUGCAACUUCAGCUAGAUUCCAAACACGUGUAAAACUUGUUAAAAUGACCUAUAUAUCAGGACAAAGGGAGUUUAUCUUAGUAUGCACGAUUCCAAUGGCUGAAUAGAGAACUUCAUCUUUCAUAAUCUUAUUUGCUCUUUUGUGGGGAAAUGACAAGCUUUAAAGCUAUCUCAUCACUUAAGGAGCGGGAAGGAGGGAGUAUGUUUUCCUGCCUUUUCAUUUUCCUCUCUCUUUUUCUCACACUGAUUUACGUUGCGCUAAGGUGCAAGGGUUAGGUGUUGGGUGUGGAUGGGAGGGUGGUGGGUGUAUGAGCGUUACUGCGUUAGGAUAAGGUUUGAGGUGUGAAAGCCCAUGCCAUUUUUUAAGAGUCCUGAAUUUAUUGUUCCACUUUUUUAAGUUUCUAGAUGAUGGUCUUCCUUUAAGAAGCAGAGGAGUUAGCUUUAGGUUUUGUGAUCAAUUGGAGCAUGCAAAUGAACUUGCUCAGCAACAAAAAAAAAAGAGCUUUUAGCUUAGGGCUUUAGGCAAUUCUCAUGUGUAAUUUGCGUUCAUUAGCUUAUAUAAUUUGUCCCUGUACCCAAAAAUAAUUAUCACAUUGGUACAACCCUUCAUAUAUAAAGAACUAAAGGAUUUACUAUAAUCAUUUAAAAGUACUGCCCUUUUCAUCCUCGUUCGUUCAACCACUCAUCUAAUUUUGAACGGGGGAAAGGGGGGUGGAUUUUGUGUUCGUUAGGUUAUAUUUCCAAAAUACCUUUUUGUGAUAAUUUGUCAUUCUUAAUUUUCAUGAGUAAUUAAUUUUUCUUUUGCCCUAUGUCA